AUGGCCAACAGCGAGUACAGUGUCGAUGGGCAGAGUAUGGGCAUCGCCAUGGCCCGGCCGUCUUACUCACCACGCCGAUGUUGGAGACACUGGAUCCGACAAUUGGCCGAAGAGACUUCACCUACAAAACUUCCCGGUUCGCGGACGGUGGUGAAGCCGGCCAGACAAUAUUCGGUUUGGGUGGAUAUUGCUGUCUUCAGACUUCGUGGGUGA